AUGAACAUAAAACAGCACCAAGCAAGGAAUCCAGAGAAUAUUGAUGUACGGUAUAUCCUUUACAGCAUCCUGGUGUUGCUGCUUUUGAUUCUGCUGAUGGUCAUUGGAGUAAAAUUCUCUCAGCUGAACAAGGAAAUUACUGAUGUCAAACUACAGCUCAAGACUAUCAAUAACAGACGACCGUCUCUUUGUACUUCAGAUUACUUCCUGCUCCUCUUGGUGUUCAGAUUCUGGGACAUAGGUCAACCUGAUAACUGGGACUUCAGAAAGAACGGGGAUUAUGGGCAGCUGCAUUCCACCAUGAAUCACAAAUGCAAGAUGUGGAAUGAUGCAGAUUGUAGCCUUUUGUACAGGUACAUCUGUGAAGCCAAUGCAUGAGAGACAGCUGGAAUUUAUGUAUAGGUAAUGCUUUUUUUUUAAAUGCCCACACCGAUGAGGGGAAAAGGAUCGAUUAAAGCAAACCAUUCGACUUACUAAAACAUUUCUUAACCAGUGGUUAUCAUAGUUUUCUGUUCCUUAUAAUAGGAGUGUGUUGGGACCCACAAUCGUGGUUACAACGUGACUUUCAAAAUAAAUUGCAUCAACCUACUUCCGGCACACCCAGGAAACG